AUGAGCUCUGCACGUCCUUGGUCAACAAGUGCGUCCCGACUAUGGACUGCUCAGUCAUGCCCUGGGACGGCGCGUCCCCAGACCGCCGCUUCCACCAUGCACGAUGCUAGCUUUGUCAUCGCCCUCAUCGAAAGCCGAGGGAUUGCGCACGAAGUGGGUAUGGCCGCUCUCGAUAAAGAUACGGGUAGAGUCAUGCUCAUUCAGCUCUCGGACUGCUCUACAUACGUUAAGACCCUACAUCAGAUGCAUGUAUAUACGCCAUACAUGAUCCUUGUUCCAGAUACGUUCCUAUCCUCUACAAACACCAGCCUCACUCCUGCGUCUGCCACGCGAGGAGCUUCAUCGUCAUCGUUGUCGGUGCAGUUCAUCAGGGGGGAGUUUCCUCAGGUCCCCAUCGAACCGGUACCAAGAAAAUACUGGAAUGAUAGCGCCGGCUAUCAGUUUAUCGCUCAGUUCUGUGUUGAAGACGAUGAGCGUGCGGCUACACUGGUCUCCGUGACAGACAAAUACUAUACACUCUCAGCUGCAUGUGCUCUUUUCAAAUUUGUAGAAACCCGCCUCAACACCCGCUUUUCUGCAUGUUCUCUUCGUAUACGUUAUAUCCCUGUCGAGGGGACGAUGAUGAUUGACCCCGAAACUGUUAGAAAUCUGGAGCUAAUCAGCAAUCAGACCCGUAAGAAAUCCACGCAUUCUCUCUUUGGGGUGCUUAACUAUACCUCCACUGCAAUGGCCACACGACUCUUGCGAACGAAUAUACUGGCACCCCUGACAGCCCAAAGCGCCUUGGAUGCCCGCCUAGACGCUGUGGAAGAGCUGAUUCACAACGAGGAUAAAUUUACUGAGAUCAAGGAUGCCUUAAAAAUCUUAAACAAGAUGGACUUUGACAAGCUCAUCUCAUCGCUUGGGUGUUCUGAAGUACGGCCAACAACAACAGCAAAAGGAGCUUUUUCCCGCGUGUCACAAAUACUCAGCUUGCGCACUGCUAUCCGAAGCCUUCCAUUUUUGCAGAGGGCUUUGAAUGGAUGCAAGUCUCAGCUACUGCUAAUAAUAUAUGACAUAUUGUCUGACGAACGGUUAACUAAGAUCGAGGAGCUCAUCGCGGAAAACCUCAACGACGACGCAGGGCCAGUCAAGGGGGGGAUCGGCGCGAUAAACGCAAGAGUAUACGCAGUUAAGGCAAACCGCAACCGUCUCUUGGAUGUUGCUCGUGGAACUUUCAAAGAAAAUGUCGCAGACAUAUACCAGCUCAACCAUGCCCUAAGCGAACGGUAUUCCCUUCCCCUUACUCUUGUUUACCAAGAAAGUGGCUUCGUGUUUGCUCUGAAGAAGGGUGAGCUUGAGGAUGAGCUGCCGAAGGGAUUCAUUAACGUGUCUGCGCAACGGGGUCGUUGGCUGUUCUCAAGCAUUGAUCUGAAAAAAAUGAACGCUCGAAUGAAAGACUCAUUAGAGGAGACGCUGGUCUUAAGCGACAAAAUCAUCCGGGACGUUGUAGGACAGAUUAUCGCGUUUUCGGGAGUGCUCUAUUCUACUUCGGAAGCGGUUGCAACCAUCGACUUGUUAUGGUCCUUUUCUCAUGUCUCCAUCAUGCGAAGCUAUGUGCGUCCCGAGUUUACUGAUACCUUGGCGAUCAAGAGCGGUCGUCAUCCUAUCCUUGAGACUGCUCAGUCUGCCGGAAUGGUCGUUUCAAAUGAUAUUUAUUGCAGCGACGCUGCCCACUUUCACAUUGUUCAGGGGCCAAACAUGUCAGGGAAAAGCACAUAUCUGCGUCAAACGGGCCUUCUCACUGUGAUGGCAAUGGUCGGUUGUUUUGUGCCUGCUGAGUAUGCAAGCUUUCGUCUGCAUGACGCCUUACUUACUCGACUCUCCAAUGAUGACGAUAUAGAGAAGAACCUUAGCACGUUUGCAAAUGAAAUGACAUCCUCCGCUAUGAUCCUAGGCAUUGCAACCCCAAGAACACUGGUACUCAUCGACGAAUUGGGUCGAGGGACAUCUCCUAUUGAGGGUCUUGGUAUAGCACAUGCUAUUGCAGAGGAACUCAUCAAAUUAAAAUGUUUUGUUCUCUUCGCUACCCAUUUUCACGAGCUAUCAACCACUCUUUCUCGACAGCCCGCUGUGGUGAACUUGCAUCUGUCUGUUCAGCGUUCACGUCCAUCGGCCUCCAACUUCGGCCUGACAUUCCAAUACAAGAUCCUUGACGGAGUUCCUGAAAAUACAGGCCACUAUGGACUGGAAUUAGCCAAAUUAGCUGACCUCCCCAACGACGUACUCACUGAAGCGAGACGAGUGUCUGAGGUCAUUACCGAAAAAAACCUGCGUUGCGAGGAGGGAAGUUGCAUAAACGUCUUGACCAUUCGUAGGCGAGCACUUUUGAAGGUAUCGUCAAUUAGGUUCCUGAACACUCCUAAUUCUGAAUGUUUGAUACCUCGUCAGCUUCAUGCGCAGUUGAACCAGGCUUUAGAUCACUCUUCGCUUCCUGAGGAGGAACUGGUCGCAUAUCUGGCACGACUGCAGAGGGACUUCAUGAAGACUCUGAAAGAUACCUUCUGACGAUCGCUGAUCAAACGAACCAAGGAAGAUACUUGACUCGACAAUACGAAGGUAACGUCGCCAAACCCUUACCUGCCUGUCGAAGCUCGAAGAGACGAAACGAGAACACUCGACGAGAACGCUCCUAGACAUCAUUCAAAGGUCCAUUUUCUUGCAGAUGCUCGCUAUGUUAGACCACGUUCUUACCAGCCUCUAAAAUGAUUAGAUUUGAAGUUGACA